GAUUUGGUAAUAGAGAAGGACCUGGAGUUGGAAAUCGAGAAGGACCAGGAUAUGGAAACAGGGAAGGACCAGGAUUCAGAAACAGAGGACCUGGGUUUGGUAAUAGAGAAGAAUCUGGAUUUGGCAACAGAGAUGGACCCAGUUUUGGGAAUAGAGGAGGACCAGGGUUGGGAAAUAGAGAAAGACCAGCAUUUGGUGAUAGAGAAGGACCAGGCUUUGGAAACAGAACUGGGCCUGGAUUUCGAAACAGAGAAGGACUUGUUUUUGAAAAUAGAGAUGGACCUGGAUUUGAUCAGAGAGCUGGUCCAGGAUUUGGCAACAGAG